AUGGAUGCAAUAAAAACAGAAGUCUACGAUAUUAUAGAAGUUGCAAUCCACGCCGCUGUUGCGGCGGGAGAGCUGGUUAUAUCCGAAGUACCCACUAUUCCGUUUUCGCCCACCAAAACGCCUGAACACGGUGAUAUCGCCACCCCAAUUGCAUUAGGACUCGCAAAACAGGCACGGAUGGCACCACGCAAAAUAGCCGAGAUAAUUGUCACACACAUCAAUCUCGAUGCCCAUCCAACCAUCCGCCAAAUUGACAUUGCCGGUGCAGGCUUUAUUAAUAUCCACCUUUCCGACAACUGGCUCUAUGACACACUCCAGGCAAUCGCUACGAUGCGGGAAACAUACGGAACCUGCAACAAAGGAGAAGGGAAACAACUUCAGAUUGAGUUCGUUAGUGCCAAUCCGACGGGACCCCUUAACAUUGUUAGUGGGCGCGCCGCCGCAGUUGGAGAUACGCUUGUUAACCUUCUCAACGCCAUAGGCUAUAAUGCAAUACGUGAAUUCUACGUCAACGAUGCAGGUGGACAGGUCGAACGCCUCGGUGAAUCAAUAGAUGUCCGCUACCGACAGGUACUCGGUGAAGACGGAUUAGAAAUUCCAGACGAUGGGUAUCACGGAGAGUAUAUCCGGGAGUUUGCACAAACUAUCGUUGAGACAGAGGGUGAUACGCAUCUCCAACUUAAAACAGACGAACGGAUAGCACUUUUCCGAGAUAAAGGGAUUGCACACAUCUUAGGACAACAAAAAGCCUCUUUAGAACGUUUCGGUGUCAAUUUUGAUGUCUGGUCAAGUGAAAAAGCGAUCCGAGAGAGUGGGAAACCGGAGGAAAUUAUCGAACUGUUCCGCGAUAAAGCGUAUCUCUACGAAGCGGAAGGCGCGACAUGGUUUCGGAUGACAGAUUUUGGCGACGACAAGGAUUGUGUCGUUGUCCGGAGCAACGGAGAAUACACCUAUUUUGUGCCAGAUGCUGCCUAUCACCGCGAUAAGUUCGACAGAGGCUUUACCACAGUCAUCGAUCUGCUCGGGCCGGAUCACCAAGGACAUAUCAGCCACCUCAAAAACUUUGUGCAAGCAAUGGGUUUGCCUGACGACUGGCUUGAGGUCUUUAUCAUCCAACAGGUGAACCUCGUCGAUGCAGGAGGCAAACGGGUAGAUAUGUCGAAACGCAGCGGACAUUUUCUCACCCUCGAUGCUCUUAUUGAUGAACUCGCAGCGACCGUCGGUGAGCAAUUUGCAGUGGAUGUCGCUCGCUAUUUCUUCCUCAUGCGUGCCAACAACACCCAUCUCGACUUCAAUAUGGAAUUGGCAAUCACGCAUGCCAGCGAAAACCCUGUCUUCUACAUCCAAUAUGCCCAUGCUCGGUGCUGUAGCAUCUUCGAGCAGGGAGAUGAACAAGGAAUUACACCUAAACCUAUUGAAGUAGUCUCUCUCAAACGACUCACAGAACCGAUGGAACACGAAUUAAUCCGGAAAUUAGCCGAAUUCCCAUCAGCCGUGCUCCUGAGUGCAGAGGCACGGGAAGCGCAUCGCAUUGUGCAUUACCUAUACGAACUCGCAGGGAUUUUUCAUCCGUACUACAACCAACACCGAGUACUUGAUCCGGCAGACAUGGAAAAAACGGACGCACGGCUCAUUCUGAUACAGAGCGUGCAAAGAGUGUUGAAAAACGGGCUAACGCUUUUAGGCAUCUCUGCGCCUACCUCUAUGUAA